AAAAUGGCGUCAAAUGACAAAGGUUGCUGAGGGUGCUGUCCCUGAUGUAUUUGAUGAUGAUGCCAAGCUAUUUGGGACCUCUUCCUGUACAUCUUGUGCUGCUACUGCUGCAGAAAUAAAGAUAAUGAGAAAGGAAUGGAAAAUGGUUUUGAAGGAAAUUGACUUAAUGAUGAAAAUGAGAAUGAGGAUGAGAAUUUUAAAAAGAGAAAUGAUAUUGAAAAUCCAAUAAUACGGAAAAAUUCAAACGGAGAAGAUUCAGGAGAUAGUUUAGUUCAACGUAAAGGACUACAAACAGGACAUUCUCCACCACAAUCAAAUGAGUAUGAGGCUGAAUUUGACAACAAAUAUAAAGAAGACCAGCAGGAAAAGGAAAGGGAAAGAAAGACAAAGGAACAGAACAGGAAAAUAGAAGCGAAAAGAAGGAAAGAAGCUGAAGAAAAGAAAGAUAAAGAGAGAUUAGCUGAAUUUGCCAGGAUAGCAGAAGAAAAGCAGAAGCAACAAGAGGAAAAGAAGAAAAUUGCCUCUCAGAAUACAGAAAUGGCUUUUCUCCUCCAAGAAAUCUCCAAAAUAGCCCCAGAACACAACCUAGCCCCUGAAAUCACAACUUUCCACUCAUCCACAGACCCUAAUCACCGCGAAGCAAUCCUCUCUGAAAUCUCCUCUACCCUAGAUUCCUACCUCAUCCAACAACAAGACCACAUCACCCUCUACUCCACCCUCAUCUCUCACUACACUUCUCUCUCUUCCAAUCCGCCUCCUUCUACUGCUGACUUCUCUACAAAAACUCUUAAAGAAAUGGACCAAGAAAUUGCUGCCUUACAGGGAGACCUUGACCAUCUCGAGAAAAUACUGAUAGAAAAACAGCAGGAACUGGCUGUGCUAAGUAGGGAUGUCAGGGAAAUGAAAGGAUUAGUUGAGAAUGAGGAAUCUGAAGAAGAGAGGAAGGGACAAAGUGAGACAGUUGAAGAGAUUGGUAGGAAGAUUGAGCAGAAGUAUGUGGAGUUGGAGAAGGAGGUUGAGAGGGUAAUACUAACAAGGCCUACUUCGAUUGAGGAAAUCAUAGAUAGAUUAGAAAUACUCACCCUCAAGGACCCUCAGAGCCACCCUCCACUCCUUCCUCUAUCCAGCACCAUUGCCACAUUAAAAGCCCAUAUAGAUACCCUCACUGAGUCUGCUUUAAAAGUGAUGGAAGAAGACUCCAAGUCAGAAGUUGCAAACCAGAUCUUGUACCUGACUGAAGGCCCCUUUUGUUCGACAGUCCUAAAGAAUUUUGAUCCAGCUUGUGAAGACUGGGUCAUUAAGGUUGAAGGCCAGCAUUCCUUGAGACAGCAUAGAGUCCUGCAUGAUCAUUUAGAACAAGUACCUGAAGCAGUUAUCAAGUUGUUGGAAGUGACAGGGCUAAAGGAAAAGAGCAACCUUAAUCAAAGCAAUGAGGAUGAGAAAGAUAUCGACAGUAAAGAAGAAAGUAAGGAAGAAACCAAAGAAGAUAUUGACGAAGAUAAAGAAGAGGUUAAAGAAGAAAAUAAAGAAGAGGCUAAAGAAGGAAGCAAAGAAGACAUGAAACAUGUAGAAAGUAGUGGAUAUAAAUCUAUUAAGCCAUUUGAAAUUACUUUUGAAAAUUUUGAUUUUUCAAAUAAUUAUGAAUGCUUAAUCGAGCUACUCAAAACGUCUAUACAGACCCAACUUUUAAAAUUAGUUUUUGUCGAAUGUUCUCUCCCAGAAAUCCUAGAGGAAUCAGUUAAACACCUUGAAUUCAUCACACCUGAUAAUAAAAUGAGGCCUCUUUAUGGAAUUUCAUUUGAUGCAUGAACAUUCCCAAAUCCCCCAGAGCUAAAAGACCCAUCAAUCCUUGAAAAAGACCCCAAAAAUAUCGACAAAGCAGACCAAAUAGGCCUCUUACUCAACAUCGAAGGGCUGCCUUCAGCCAAAUACCUCGGAGAGCCUCCCUCAGAAAUCAACGGAGGCAUCAGCAGCAUUGCUUUGAAGAACAAUGGUUUCACAGAAGUAGAAAUGGCUAAACUCAAAGUUUACUUGUGCUAUGCUGAACACUUAAUUAUUUAUGAAGAAGAAUAGGGAGGAUGACUACUUUAUGAGUAAUUUCAAUUGUGA